UUGGUAGGUGCACUCACUUGAAUAUAUGGACAGACAUCGUUCUUAAACGAGAGAAGAAAAAAAAAAGUUAAAAAAGUUCGGAGCGAACCAGUUCCAAGACUUAAGCACACGAGCUCGUUGCUCUUUGGUUCGAUUGUGGUUGGGAUGAUAUGGUUAAACAUUGUUUGUGAUCUCGGCGGACUCCUCCCGUUGAAGGCAGAAGGUCACCUGACAAUUCCUGCCACUGGUGAGCAGAGUGCUGGAAUUGCUUGUUCUCUGUACGAAAGACUCUCUACGAGCUUCCUAAUAUUCACUUCACCAGCAAAUUUCUCUGUUUGGAUCCAUCCUCAGCUUCCACGAACGUACUAUAAGCUCAUCUCACUCCUGCCUAUUUUUCCGCAGCGAUGAAGCAGUCGAGCGAUGCCCUGGGCAUGGUUUUACCUGUCACAACAAUCUCAAUGUGAAGUCCUCGGGAUUCUAUGCAAGCACUGAGUCCUGGGAACUUCAGCCGUGACUUCAAAUAUCACGAUUGUGAACUGCAAUCCCUGAUGGAGAGUUAAGGUGUUUGCACGAGCUAUAUAGCAAAUUCUUCGAUUUACUCGGCCGGAAAUGUAGAUGAGGAUGAUAUUCGAUUGCUGGUAGUGGAAAAAACAAUUAUUCCAUCCAAACCUUUAGAAAAUCGUUUUUAUUCCUUUAGCGUAGAAAAUGUAGAGCAAGGUUAUACAAGACUUUGAAGGUCACAAAGGUUCAAGUGCGAACCAAUUUGAAAAGUGAGAUUGGUCAUGUAUCAAAUAUAUUAACCUCGGAGUCGAUAGCAGAUGCUGUUCUACGUUAUUGGGCAACAUGAAAGAAAGGAGCAUGUUGAUGACAGAACCUGCUUCGUACAUUGACAUGAGCGGAGUGGAACUCACAGUUGCUUAUCUCCUGUCUUUCUUAUGUGCUCCAUGUGUCGAUUCACUUGUGUGGCUGAUACGUUUCAUAUACACCUUGAUUUAGAAGGCACGUAUUCUGUUCCUUUCCUAGCGUACUCUUGUCAUUUUU